CCAUCGGAUCAUGGUCGCCGUUUAAAUGUGUAAUAAUAUUAUUAUUUUUGUUUACAUUUUCGUCGGGACACUUUGGCAACCUUCUCYGGCGGCUUCGGCGCAAUGCUCGUUUCUCAUUUUCAUUAUCAACAAUAUCAACAAUGUUAUUAAAUUAUAUUUGUAUUUACUAUUUUGUUUUGAACAUCGAUCGGAGUUUUUAACUGCAUCUCUAGCGUCGGUAUAGCGCUGUCGGAUCGGCUAUUUCAGCUAUCUACAUCGCCACUGCUCAUUACUCAUUAAGAAGUCGACACUCGAUAGUGUCUGAGUGUCUUGACUACUGUUCGGUGGACGUUUGAGUUGAGACGUUCAUUUUUAAAUUUUUGCCGCUGCCCGUAUCCGUCCAAUUGCUACUGAAUAAUUAUUCAGCAUAUUUGUAUGAAGAAACUCCUGGACUUUGAUCAAGCAUCGGGCAUUUUUGUUUCUCAAAAAAGCCAUUUACUUUUUCCGUUGUUCCGGCGGCGUCGAAUCGAUUUGAUUCGGUGUGGUGGUCAUUUCUUUGUUUCUACUUCGGAAAAAAAGUUGUUCUAUAAAUAAAAUUAUGGGUAGUCCACCAAGAGAAUGGGAACACAGUGAGGACAUUUUGGAAGCAGAACAAUUAUUCACUAAUUAUUUAGAAAGAAAUAAUAUAAAUAUUAUAGCUCCACCAGUACCACUAGCGAUUCCAAUAGAAGAAUUAUAUGCAGAAGAUCCAGUAUCUGAUGCAGUUGAUGAAGAUGAUGAAGAUUAUGAAAAUUAUGCAGAUUAUUCAGAUUAUGUAGAUGGAGAUGAUGAAGUUUAUGAAGGUUCUCCUUCAUCAAGUAUUAUCUUAGUGUCAAGUCAUCAAGCAAUGCAAAGAUCYGGAAGAUUUUCAGAUUCAUAUGAUUCAGAUGCAGAUUCCAUAAUGGGAUUUCCUAUAGACCCUCCAGCAGGAUCUCCAGUAGGAUUUCCUAUAGAAUCACCAAUGGAUUCUCUAGCAACAUCUCCAGAAACUUCUCCUGAAUCAUCUGUAAUGGGAUCUCCGGUUGGAUCUCGAGCUACAUCUCCUAUUAGGUGUCCUGCAACAACUUCAGCUUCAACUUCUUUAAAACGAAAUUAUGACGGAAAUUCAAAAACAGAAGAUGAAGCGUUUUCCUGUUCAAUAUGUUUAGAUACUUUGACUAACACUGGUUUGCAUAGACCUGCUUGUUUGAAAUGUGGUCAUAUUUUUGGAGAGAAUUGUUUACAAAGAUGGAUUAAGACUGGAUGUAAUAGAGAUGCAAAAAGAUGUCCAACAUGUAACAGAAGAGCAAAUGUUAAAGAUAUUAGAGUUUUAUAUGCAAAAAAUCUAAUUGCAGUUGAUACAGCUGAAGUAACUGCACUUGAACUUAAAGUGGAAAAAGUAUGA